AUGUCUGACGACUGGGAUAACGUCACCAAGAUUGGCAGCCGCGUCCGCGGCGGCGCCUCUGCCCCUCGCGAGACCGUCGUGCGUGGCAAGAGCGCUCUCAACGCUGCCCAGAGGUCAGGCAACGUCACCGCCGAGAAGAAGUACGGCACCGCCAACACCCGCUCCGCCGUUGAGGGCCAGCACUUGACUAAGGUCGACCGCUCCGACGACAUUGUGAAGCCCAAGACCGUCGGUACCCAGGUUGGCGAUGCCAUCAAGAAGGCGCGCUCCGAGGCGAAGAACGACAAGGGCGGCACCAUGACUCAGAAGGACCUGGCCACCAAGUGCAACUCGACGCCCACCAUCAUCGCCGCGUUCGAGAGCGGCAAAGCUGCACCCGACCAGAAGCUGCUCGGCACCAUGGAGCGCGUGCUCAAUGUCAUUCUUCGGGGUGACAAGAUCGGCGAGCCCAAGUUUCCCAACAAGAAGAAAUAA